AUGUUACGUCUACACCACAACAAAGAGCACCACAACAAAGAGCACCACAGCUCACAGAAACCGCACCACAACAAAGAGCACCACAGCUCACAGAAACCGCACCACAACAAAGAGCACCACAACAAAGAGCACCACAGCUCACAGAAACCGCACCACAACAAAGAGCACCACAGCUCACAGAAACCGCACCACAACAAAGAGCACCACAGCUCACAGAAACCGCACCACAACAAAGAGCACCACAGCUCACAGAAACCGCACCACAACAAAGAGCACCACAGCUCACAGAAACCGCACCACAACAAAGAGCACCACAGCUCACAGAAACCACACCACAACAAAGAGCACCACAGCUCACAGAAACCACACCACAACAAAGAGCACCACAGCUCACAGAAACCACACCACAACAAAGAGCACCACAGCUCACAGAAACCACACCACAACAAAGAGCACCACAACAAAGAGCACCGCAACUCACAGAAACCGCACCACAACAAAGAGCACCACAGCUCACAGAAACCACACCACAACAAAGAGCACCACAACAAAGAGCACCACAACUCACAGAAACCACAUCACAACAAAGAGCACCAUAGCUCACAGAAAACCGCUCCACCACACUCUAACGAUCGGAACUUGAUGGGUUCUUAA